AUGGGAGCGACCAUUACUGGGGUUGAUAUGAACAACUUGACAGACGUUGAGUUUCGUCUCAUUCGUGAAGCCAUUUACACUCACCAGGUGGUGAUCGUCAAGGGUCAAGAGAAACUCAAACCGAUCAACCAGUUCGAGUUCGUCCGUCGACUUGACCCGGAAGCUAACCCUGUCCAUGGCUUUUUGACCGAUGAUGGGAAAUUUAAUGUUGUGCGUGGUUCAAAAGGUGUUACUUUGGUAGGCCAGGGGUAUAUCUCACACAACAAACAUGGAGGUGAUGGCCUGACACUGCAGUCGGGCACUCAUGCCGAUUUGCAUGUUGAGACACUAUCUGCUGAGGAAUUGGCAAGCGGGCAGUCUAGAUUUGGUGCUUUCCAUUUUGAUGGUGUUAUUUAUGGAUCUUAUCCAUCGCGCGUCACGACUCUACGCUGCGUCCAGGCUCCCAAAGGACCCGACGUGACGAUCCGCUGGGACGACGGGACUGGUCGGACAAUGACCGCAAAGCCCGGGCUGACGGCAUUUAUCAAUGGGUCGCAACUAUAUGAGAUGCUCACGCCCGAAGAGAAGGCGUUGGCUGAUAACAGCAGCUGGUCACCAGCACCCCAGCCAUAUGUCUGGACAGGCACUCGAAAGAUCCGAAACUGCGGUCUUGGAAUGGCCCCUGGAGGAAAGACUGUCCCACUAGACCAACUACCAGCCUGGACGUCGGACAAGGUGUACCGACUUCCGAUGGUGUGGGUCAACCCAGUGACAGGCGCGAAGUGCUUCCAGAUUCUGCCCGAUGUGGUUGAAAAGUUGUAUGUCAAGUCGAAACCUGGUGCUGAGGAGCGCACGGUUGAAGACAGCGACGAGAUUCGCCUUUGGCUCAAUGACAUUCUCGACAGAAUUUGCACACCAGAGAAUAUUUUGAUUCCGGAGUAUGAGGAAGAUGACGUCGUGAUGUUUAACAAUUGGGGAGUUCUUCAUAGCUCUAUUGACUUCCCUAAGAGCUAUGGCACCAGAAUUAUGCAUCAAUGUCAUAUCGCCUCUUCGACUGUUCCAGUCGGCCCCACCGCUGUCGUUUGA